CUCUUGAUGGUGCUCCAUCAAGAAGAGAAGUGUGCAUCAAGUGGAUCUGGAGUUGACAACAGAUGAGUCGCAGCAGCAGCUGCAGAAGCAGCAGCAGCAGAGAGAUCCGUGUGUGACAACAAGACUUCAGCACAACGAUCAGGAUGGUUUCCUGUCACGAUUAUGGAUUUAAUUCGCUAUCAUCAUCAUUUUGAAAUACUUGCAUGCACAAUUCUCAUCUCAUCACUGGUUGUGAUAGGUGGUGCAUCUCCUGACAGGCCUCCUCCAUCAGUGGACCGGUGCUCUCCAAACCCCUGCCAAAACAGGGCGAUAUGCAGAACCCGCGGGGACGGCUACUCGUGCUACUGUGUGCCGGGGUUCCAGGGUGCUCACUGUCAGAUUGACGUGAACGAGUGUGUGUCACAGCCCUGCAGGAACGGGGCCACUUGUGUGGACAGAGUGGGCAGGUUCUCCUGUCUGUGUUCUCCGGGGUUCACCGGGGCCACUUGUGAGCUCCAGAUUGAUGAGUGUCAAUCACAACCAUGUCUCAAUGGCGGCGGUUGCCAUGACUACACCAAUGGCUUCACUUGCACCUGCCUGCCCGGUUUCCAAGGACACCGAUGCAAAAUCAACAUUGACGAGUGCCAAGAGCAGCCAUGCCAGAAUGGGGCUCUGUGUGUAGAUGCGGUGAAUGACUACAGCUGUGACUGCUCUCACACAGCCUUCACUGGCAGACGCUGUGAGACACCGCUUCCCCCAUGCCUCUCUGAACCCUGCUUCAACAGCGCCAUCUGCAAGGACAACCAGGGUAACUACAGCUGUGAAUGCUGGCCAGGGUUUGAGGGUCGUCAGUGCGACGUCGACGUCAAUGAGUGUGGCAGCAACCCGUGCAUGCAUGGAGGCCGCUGCAUUGAGAGAUCGUGGCAGGCUCUGUAUGGCAGCGAGCCUCUGCUGCCUGAACACUAUGACCAGCAGCAUGCUGCAGGCUACAUCUGCAGCUGUCCUCUAGGAACAACAGGUUCCCUCUGCCAGGAGGUGAUAAACCAGUGUGACCCCCAUCCCUGCCAGAAUGGGGGCCGGUGUGAGAGCCAUGUUGGAGGCUACACUUGCCACUGCCCCAAACAGAGUCACGAUGGCGUCCUCUAUGGAGGUGUGAACUGUGAUGUGAGGCUAGUGGGCUGUGAGGGACAUGAAUGCCAGAACCAGGGCUCUUGCUCUCCUUUCCUGUUGAACGAGACUCACGGAUACACCUGUUCCUGCUCACCUGGGCACACGGGACCCGUCUGUGAGACCCCCACCACCUUCUCCUUCGAGCGCAAAGGCUACCUGCUGCUGCAGAGCCCCCUGGUGGAUGCCGUUGUGUCCUGCAACAUCACCCUCAGCUUCAAGACCACUCUGCCCAGAGCGUUGUUGUUCCAGCGGAGCAGCAGGGGUCUGCUGCUGAGCCUGGAGCUGGACGAAGGGCGGCUUCACCUCACCCUGAGGAAGGAGGACUCCGCUGGGGCCGAAGCAGACGAAGCAGAACACCCGAGCCAAGUCCUGGAGCUUCCACACAACGUCACAGAUGGAGAGUGGCAUACUGUGGAGGCUGUGCUCAGAAACUGGAUGCUCAGUCUGACACUCUUGGAUGAUGCUGCGAAUUGUGAGGGCCAGUCGUGCCACAAGGUGGGCUCGGUCCAAAGCACCCUGGCCAUGCUGGUGUCUCCUCCUCAGGACACUUUCAUCGGAGGAGUGCUUCAGGACUCUCCACUUCCGGCGUUCAUUGGCUGCAUGCGGGAUGUGUUUGUGGACUGGCAGCUCAUCGUCCCUGAGGAGUGGCUGAGCGACUCUGCUGUCAACGUGUCCCCCGGCUGCAGCCACAGGGACCGCUGCCUGGACGUGCCUUGCCAAAACAGAGGACAGUGUGUCAACCUGUGGCAGAGCUACCAGUGCCGAUGUCCGAGGCCUUACGAGGGGCAGGACUGUGAGGAGGAGCACGUGACCGCUCGCUUCGGGAACGAGGACUCUCAGAGUUACGCAGCGUUCACCGUCACCGAAGAUCUGGGUCACAACCUCUCCAUCUCCCUCUUCCUGCGUACACGGAGACACUAUGGACUCCUCCUGGCGUUUGCCAACAGCAGCAGCAGCAGCCAGUACCUGCACAUGUGGCUGGAGGACGGCAAGAUCACAGUUCAACUGAAUGACUUCGGGAGCCUGAUGGCGGAGAGUGCGAUUGAUGACGGGGAAGUCCACUUUGUGAGCGUAGAGGUGACAGAGGGUCGUAUGGCGCUGUAUGUAGCAGCUCAGAAACAGGGCGAUGUGGAAGUCAGGACGGUCAAUGUCCAAGCAGGACAUACUGUGUAUGUGGGAGGUCUGUUGGAGAGUUGGACGACUUCAGAGUUUCGUGGAUUUUUUAAAGGCUGUAUCCAGGACCUGAGGAUCAACGACAGGAGGCUGCAGUUCUUUGGGUUGGACACCUCAGUGAGGUCUUAUCCUCUAGAGAUCCUGGAAAAUGUGACUGCUGGAUGCUCUGGGGACAAUGCCUGCGGUACGAACCCUUGUCUGAACGGUGGGGUGUGCUACUCCCUUUGGGAUGACUUCAACUGCACCUGCCCUCCCAAGACAGCAGGGCGGCGCUGUGAGGAUGUCCGGUGGUGCGAGCUGUCACCUUGCCCCACAGACUCAGAGUGCAGGAUGCUGAACCAGGGAUAUGAAUGCUACUCCAAUGCAACUUUCCUGAAUGACAGCACUGUGUUGUCCUACCGGGGAAACGGCCACAUAUCCCGCAAUCUAACCAACCUCUCCCUAAACCUACGCACACGAAAGCGUAACACGGCCAUAUUCCACGCGGAGAAGGGCUCGGCAUUCAUCACACUCUCCGUCCAGGGUGGUUUUCUCUUCCUGGAGCUUCAGAGCACUGCUAGAGAUGACAGAGAGGAGGAGGAGGAGGAGGAGGAGGAUGUGUCUACGAUCAGCCUCAGCAGCAGGACGAGUGUUAGUGAUGGCGAGUGGCACAGCGUCCACCUGUUCAUGGCGGCGCCGUGGGCACAAACCUCCCGGUGGACUCUGGUGCUGGAUGAGGAAAUAGAGGCAGCCAGCACUUCCAGGAGCCAAGGAGGCAACCUGAAUUUCCUCAGGCAGGGAGUGGACAUCUUCUUAGGAGGGCUGGCCCCUGACGUUGGGUGGUCGCUGGCUGGGUGCCUGAGCACAGUAGAGCUGGCUGGCAUCGCCCUGCCUUACUUCAGCUCCUCUGAUGUGAACCUCCCACGCCUGCAGGAGGAGCAGUUCACUCAGACGUCGCCGCAACCGGCGCUCCUCGGCUGCGGCGGGGCCCCCGUGUGUGAGCCUGACCCCUGCCUGAACGGAGGGGAGUGCCAGGACCUCUUCAACACCUACAACUGCAGCUGUGCGGCGGGCUGGGCCGGGAGACGCUGCGGCUUCUUCACCGACACCUGCGUCUCCAGUCCCUGCAUUCACGGCAACUGCAGCGUGAACGGGUUGACCUACGAGUGCACCUGUGAGUUUGGCUAUGCCGGCGUGGACUGUGACGAGGAGGUGGAUGUGUGUGAAAAUCACCUGUGUGCCAACGGAGGCACCUGCCUGCACGGGCCGGACAGGUACGCCUGCCUCUGUGCCGCGAACUACACCGGAUCCCUUUGCAAUGAACGCAUUGAAGAGCUUCCGUGGUACAUUAUUGUCAGAAAUAUACGGCCUAAGCAUACUGUUUCUGUGUGCGGCGAUGACAUCAGAAACUACACCUGCUUCAAUGGAGGCAACUGCACUGACCGAGAGCUGUCCUGCGACUGUCCGUCUGGCUUCAUCGGACACCGGUGCGAGCAGGAGGUAGACGAGUGCAAGUCCAACCCCUGUCUGAACGGUGGCUACUGCCGCAACCUCAUCAACAGAUUUGUCUGCGUGUGCGACAUGAGCUUCGCCGGAGACACGUGCCAGACAGACUUGACCUCUGAGGGUUUGACCUCUGACCUCUUACUGUCCAUCAGUCUGGUGUCCGUCGUCUUGCUGCUGGUUCUCAUCCUCACCUCCGUCAGCCUGGUGGUGGCGCUAAAUCGCCGCGCCACCCACGGCACCUACAGUCCCAGCCGGCAGGAGAAGGAGGGAUCACGCGUGGAGAUGUGGAGCAUCACCCAGCCGCCACCUAUGGAGAGACUCAUAUGAGAUAUACAGGCAGGGACUGUGUUUACAUGCAGGAUGGUAAUGAAGGAGCUGACGCUACCAGAAUAUCUGCAGCCUGCAUGUAAACACAGCACCUCCAUUUGAAAUCGCAGCUGUCUUUCUUCACACGCUGGAGGACUGUAUGAGAUCUUCUGACACCAUUUUAGUGUUAACGUAUAUCCGCAGUGCUUCAUCCAUCUUCCUGUGAUGUUUUGCACCUGGCUGCACCACCCAGCAGUACAUCCAUCAAAAUGCAAAGAUUUGAGUUCAGAACGUAUCGAGUCUGUUUGUGUCUCAUCCAUAUCUUUUAGGAUUGAUGGACCGGUGAGCACUCGAAGGACAAAUCAGAGCAGAAUUUGGGACAUAUACGAACAUUGUGUUAAAGCCUCAUCUGGAAACCAGCAGAAUGAGUCAAACGGUUCCUCACUUAAAGGAUUAGGCUGCUAUUAUUCUAUAUUUUUCUUAUUGCCAUGAAAUGACCAAAAGCAUCAAUGUGUCUGUGUGUUGAUCUGUCAUUCAAACCCCCAUUGGUUCCUACUGAAGUCGUACAUCUUUAAAGAUUAGGAACAUUUCUAUUGCUUCUGCACGGCUCUCAACAUGGCGAAGGCGAGCUGGCAGAAACAUGCAGAAACAUGCACUAAAAGCAUGCAAGGCCGGCCAGUCUAUGUCGUCAAAGCUUGGAUUACAACCAACACAGAGGGAGAGUGACUUCAUUCUCUGCUCAGGUAGACAUUACUCCUUUAUAUCUUUACAUAGACAAUAGUUGUUUGAUGCAAUAUUAAUGCUCUGGACAUCAAAUAGAGAAAAAAACAGAAGAGAAAAGUCUCUAAGAGCACUGUAGCAAACAUUACUCACACAGGAGUAUGCUGUGCAUAUGUUGGGGACUAUUUUCAGCCGCGAAUUAAUACACAUUUUGGUGCUCAAAAGAGUAUUUACUGCAGCAGGACGGUGUCUGUGGGACUGCCUCAAAAUAAACUACAGUGCCCAGAAUCCUUGUUGUGCAGGAAUAUUUGUAACGGCGUUUUUUUUUUUUGGACAACAAUGGAGCUUUAUGGCUCAAAAAGACACAACUUGUUAGUAAAAUCAAUUCAGUUUGUUUUGGUCUUUUCAUAGGAUUUGUU